AUGCCUAACGAACCAAUCAAAAGAUCCUUAAGGAGGAAACCCCCUCCACUGGAUGUAGUGGACUCAUCGGAUAUCUAUCUUUCAAGUUCACCUGAACAACAACCACAACAAUUUGAAUUUUUUCAUAGUUUCAAUGCAACCCGAACUCAAUUGCCAACACCGAAUUCGCCGCCAAGUCAUAGACCCGUUCCACCAGUGACAACUUCAUCCCAAAAUAUUGGACCACAAAUCUCAGCUUCAUCACCAAAUUAUAGACCCCCAAUCCCUACUACAUCUCCUCCAUCAAUCCCUGUACUGGUACUAGAUCCUCGUAUCCUGAAAAAACCAUCGAUCCCUCAAGUAACAGCGACACCGCCGAGACCGGUUAACCAAUCGGCUAAUUCUUAUUCUAGUGAUUAUUCUUUUGAAGAAUCGUUCAUAUCAGUUUCAGACUCAAUAAGGCCAAAAGGACCAAAACAAAUAUGGGAAUACGAAGACGAUGAAUAUGAUGGCCAGAACAACAGCUUACUUACACCAAUCAGAAAUACUUCCGUCAGUAGCAUCGACUACAAGUCGCGUCCAAGGGCAUACCAACAAAUUUCAUCUGCUUCUAAAUCGGAUGCAUCCAUUGUUACUGCACCGUACCCUACAGAAGAUACAUCCCAAUCAACACUAGAGUCUUCAGUACCAUAUCCAACUACAAAUUUUGAGGAAUCACUUGCUGAAUAUCAUGAACCAAAUUUGGGAUAUACAUUUGGUGUUCCAUCUCCAUCCCAAAUUCGGACACAAGAGAUCAUAGAUAAAGUUGUUGCUGAUAGUUCUCCCCAGAUUGAUGAUGUUCCUGAUUUAACGUCAAACAGAAAUCUGAUUAAUACGAUCAAUUCAAGAAACGACCUGUGGACCUCACAUUCUCGAACAAAUCUGGUGAAUUCAUAUAAUAAAGUGGACUAUGGCGCUGGUGGUACCCCCAUAUUACCAAUUAAUACGUCACCAUUGGGAUCCCCACCAAAACCCAACCUUCGGCAUUUGGCAUCGAGAAACUCACAAACGUUUUUCUACAACAAAACCUCACCAAAAAGCAAUAGAAUGAGUUAUGGUCUGGACCUGUCGUAUAGUAGAUCUCCUUCACCUACGAGACCAAAUGUGGAUCGAACAAAAACAGUAUCUCUGGGUUUUACGUACAGAGAAAGUGAAUAUUCUGAAAUAGCUGAUGGUUAUAAUGAAUUUGGCAUUGAACAGGGCCCAAGUUCUAGAUGGAACUCCAUACACCUGAGAGCUACGUAUAAUCAUGAAACUGAUAAUCUAUUUUGGGAUGAAGAACUACAAGGAGAAUCUGAAUCUCCUGCAACGGAGUAUUUUGAUUAUGCAAUGUUGCCAGAGUUACCUUUCACACAACCGGUUGUCCCCCCAAGACCUGCAAAGCUCCCAAUGGUACCAGCACUGAAGCAAGAGGAAGAGUUACCCGCGUUACCAUUGGUGUUACCAGAAUUGCCAUUUAGUGCUGCUUUCUUGCAAUCACAGCAUUUCGAAGUGUGCACCAGGAUCUGGUCACUUUCUGAACUUUUCAAGUGGUGUUUGAAGUUGAGGAUAUGGCUACGUGAUCUGACAAUCUCAGGAACUGAAUUGAAGAAAGCAUUGAGUGGAUUGUUGGCUUUCCAUCGAAGAGACACUCCUUUGGAUAUUGUCAGCAGUAGUGCUAGGGUGGUUUUUGACAAUUUCGUUGCAUCUGGUGCUAUUUCAUUAGUGGAAGAUGUUGAAGCAGAAGGCAAUGACAAGAUGUUUGUUGUAAUGAACGAGUGUAUUUAUGUGAAUGGUGUUUUACCUUUGCUUACAGAAUGUUACUCCAAUUUUGCCCAUACUAAAGAAGUAGAACAAUCAAACAUGACAUGUUACUCAACAUGCUGUACGUUGAGUAAGUCCAUGAAUUUGGAACGUAAAAUGAGAAACACCAACAUCAAGGACAUUGUUUUAGAGAAUGACUGGGCUAGUCAUUGGCGCUUAACGGUUGAUCAUCUUCAUGCUAUUGAUCCUGCACUUAGUAAAAAGCAAUCGUUGAUCUUUGAUUUGCUAAGAUACGAACAAACCUUCAUUCAGAGGGCAAAGUGUUUUGUGGAAAUUGUUGCACCCGAGUUUAUUAAAGCUGCUAGAAAUUAUCUUGGUAAAAACAGUACUAAGAUAAACAAUUUUCAACAAGAUGUUGUCAGUACUGGGAAACAAAUUGUUGACAUUCAUCAAAAAACUUUGUUUGAACCUUUGUUAAAAAUCUUAGUUGCUGAAGGAAAAUUUAUUCACGAUUUGAUAGGUAUUGGUAAUGCAUACAGUCAUUGGGCAUACGAGAUUAGACUGCCAUUAAUCAAGUACAUGAGCUGUAUGCCAAUGAUUCAAGAACUUUUAAACAUUUCCACUUUGAAGAGUUACGUUGACAAACAAAUUGGUAAUCUUCCACGUGUGAAGGAUUUGAAAGUAAAUGUUGGUAUUCUUUUUAUUAGUACUUUCAGUUCAAGAUUCUUACAAUUACCAUUACAAUUGCAUGAUAUUUAUAAAAAAAUUGACGAGAAUGAUCCGGGAUAUAUUGCCAUGCACAAGGCAGCUGAUGAAAUAAAACAAUUAAGUGCCCGUAUCAAUGAUACCAAAAAAUCAGCUGAUAAUUUAUAUGCGUUGAACAACAUUAAGAACCAGUUGGUAUGGAAAAGUGGAUUACUUCAAAUAAAUUUGCAUUUGAAUUCCCCUAAUAGAAGAUUUGUUUGUCGUGGAGAUUUGACAAGGCGAAGUGACUUGAAGAAGCUUCAAACAUCCAACUUGGAUCAUAUUAUAUUACUUGAUAAUUAUAUGUUGAUCACCAAUAGAUCGAGAAAUAAAUAUGGAGACCCCGUGUAUAAAAUAGUUGAAGAUCCAAUCCCAAUUGAAUAUUUAAUAGUAGAAGAAAAGAAUGCAAGCAGUGGAACACUGCCAAAUGCGGGACUUACAUCUACGGUUUCUCCAAUGUCUCCGAAUAGGUCACCAAUUCCACCAUCUAAUGGCAAAAUGACUGCCAAUGAAGAAGACGAGGACGAUGCUGAUGCCUUUCAAAUUAAGAUAAGAUAUGCUGGUAGAUCUAAACGAGCAUACACAUUUUCAUGCAAAAGCGAAAGGGAACGUAAUGGAUGGGAAAGUUACUUCCUUGCAACAAAGGAGAAUCUAGGAAAGAGAUUGCAAGCUUCUAACCCAUUUAGAGUGGAACCUGUUUCGAAUACUGUAUUUGGAUAUGAAUACAAUAAUCGUGUCACAAAAUUGCAGUUAAUUGCUCCAUUUGAUCCAAUUUAUAAUGUAUGUGAAGACUCGGUAAACAAAAUGAAGAAAUUAAAGUUAUCCUAUGACAUUUACAACCCACAAUUAUCUAGAAACAGGAUUGUUUUCAGCAAAAUACAGUGUAUGAGUACUUUUGAGUAUGACUACUUGAAGUACAGUCUUGUUGCCCUUGAAACAGGUUUGUAUAUGUGUUGUGCUCAAGGAAGAUGGAAGAAAAUUCUCGGUGGUGCGGACUAUAUUCAAACAUAUGUUGAUAGUGACAUUGGUAUCGUUAUUGUGUUGAGUGAUAAGUAUUUGAGAUAUUAUCCAAUACGUCAAGUCAUUAAUGUUUAUAAAGAGGUAAAGCUGGAUCUUACUGGUAUAUCAUUAUCUAAAGAUCAUGUGUUGUUUUUUAAAAUGGGUCGUCAUAAGAAUGUUAAUAUGUUGUUUUAUGCAAAAAAGAAGACAAAUGGAAGUAUUCACUUUAAAGUUGUGAUUCCGCAGUUGGAUAAUUCUGGUAUAUUUAGCAGGUUCAAGGACCAUGCUAGGUUCUAUAUUGAAGCUGAGUGUUAUGGUAUUUCCAUAUUCAAUUCUUCAUUUGCGGUGCACACAAAUAAGGGUUUUGAAAUUUUGGAAUUGGACAAAUUGAUUCCAAGCUCUGUGCCUGAAUUACCACCACCAAGUGAUGCAGAUAAGAAGAAAGCCGAUCCUUAUGCGACAAGGAAAAGCACCUCGGCUCAAGCUUCACUGGUUGACACGAUUCGGAAAUUGCUAAAUGCUAAUUAUAAACCAAUGGGGAUGUUUAAAUUGAGCAAUAACAAAGAGUUUUUUUUGGUCUACAGAGAAUACGCUAUAUUCAUCAACAAGCAUGGUAAAUUAUCAAGAGAUUCUAUCAUUCACUUCAAAGCACAAAGUGUAUAUUUUGACAAUAAUUACUUGUUUGUUGUCAAUGACCUGUUGAUUGAGAUCUGGCAGAUUGGUGAUCAGCCAAAGAUUGCACAAGUGAUCGUUGGUAAGGAUAUCAAACACCUUGGAGAUAAUGGUUUUACCAUGGCUAAUCCUUUAGUUCCUGGUUUACAAUUGGUUAUUAGAUUAGCUAGUGAAAAAUAA